AAGCUAACGUCGGGUCACGCGACGCAGCGGGCGCUUUGCUUGUUUAAGAGCCGACUUAACAGCGCAGGUGUUCGGUCUGGAUGGUGUCGCUCCUCGGUCUGGAUGUUGUCGCUCCUCGCUGGGCCACAUUGUGCGCUUUAGUUAGAGUUUCACUGCUAGUUUUGCGUGUUUGUUUGACAACGCGUUCGCGAACGACGCUGUAAUCGUUAGCAUGCUGCUAACGUAGCUAGCGAUUGACCCGAGAGCUCGCGCUGUUGACGUUAAACUGUUUAACAGUUACGUUAAACGGUUUACUUACAAGCACGUGUGUUUAUGUUGAUCAUAUCUGCUUUUAAAUUAAAUGUUUCUUUCUCCGUUUUUGUUUUUGAUCCGUGUCGAGAUCUCCUAAAUGUAAGUUAAUAUCUACAUUUAUUUAGAGUCUGACACAUGGGCUACAAAUACAACUUAUAGUAAACUAUAUAAUGAUAUAUUAAGUGGUGUAGCUUACUGUGUGUGUGUGUGAUGUGCCAGCCCUGAGUGGUGGUGUGAGGUUUCUGAUGAAAUAUUUAGGGUUUGAGGAAGUUGGCCUUGUUUUGACUUUCUCUUUUUCUGGUCUGGAAGCCGUUUAAUAAGAUAAUCUAAGUUAUUACAAUGUGUUAACAAUUACUAUCUAAGUUUACGUGGAAAAGUCGUUUAGUAAGAGUUGGAUUUAAUUCCACUUGAUUGUUUUCUUUGCCUGUAAUCAUCAGUAAAAAGCCCAAAUCUUGUGUUGGAUGCUUAGGACAACAGGUGUUUAUUCACCUGGCCUAUUUCUAUUUACAGGUCAAAUCAGGGGAGCAGCUACACAUUGCUUCCGUUAUUGAUUAGUCUGAUACUUCUUUAGUGUAUAAAAUGUCAAACAAUGAUGUUAUCAGCGACCAAAAGUAAUCUGACCAACAAGCUAACAACACAAUACUUAAGUUAUAAUCAUUUGAACCAUAGAUAUCCAUAACUUAAAGACAAUGGAUUUCAUUAUUUUGAUGCACUACAUGAUGCUAAUGAAUAACUGUUCAUGACCAACACAAAUGAUGUUUAUGGUCUAAAUAAUACUUUUUAUUAACUAUUUAUCAUCGAGUAAAACGUAAUCAAGCUUGUCAGAGUCUACAUUUAGUGUAAUGUGUAGUCGACCUUUGUGUUUUUUCAUUACAUGCUUUUGUUAAAAACAACUGAGUCAUUACUAAUAAUUAGUAUUGACUUUCGAAUCGGAUCAUGAACACUUAACUUGCAUCCGGCUGAUUUCUGAGGGGCUUUCUAUCUCUGACGGACUAAAUAUGUGGACAUGUGCUGAAGGCACCUUCGAUUUUAGCUUAACAUGUGUAACAUAUCAGUCCUGGUUCCAGUUUGGUUUACACUAACUGUACAUAUUAAGAUGGAGGGAAUGGUGGAAAACGACAAUCAUCUGAAAACUAGAAUGGGCACUCUGUAGAGCGCAUACCUUCGCAUAUCACAAGAUUGGGCAUUGCAUUAUGAACAUGUUGGUAUUAGUUGCAUGCCAAUUGGAUAGAAAUUGACCGCGCUAUGGUAAAAAGAAGAUUUUGACCUUUUCAUGACCUUGAUCUGAUUGAUCCCAAAAUCUAAUCAAAUGGUCCCCGGAUAAUAACCAAUCAUCCCACCAAAUUGCAUGAGAUUCAAGAAGAUCUUGACCUUUGACCCGAUCGAUCCCAAAAUCUAAUCAAAUGAUCCCCCGAUAAUAACCAAUCAUCCCACCAAAUUUCAUGCGAUUCGGUUUAAUAUUUUUUGAGUAAUGCGAGUGACACGCAUACAAAUAAAUAAAUACACGGCGAUCAAAACAUAACCUUCCGCAUUUUCAAUGCGAAGGAAAUAAAGUCAGUCCGGAGAAACUAAAUACAUGGAAUAGAGGUGAUCAACAGAUGGUCGGCAGAAUCUUCCUUAUUGUCCAGGAACUUGGGGAUCCUCUUGCUGUCAGAUGAGGGGGUGAAGUAGCAGCAAUGAGAUUCUUCCACAGAGAACACAAGAAAUCGACAUCCUGAUGGAAGAGAAGGUCGUUGUCAUCGAUGUGCUUUGCACCAACGUUGCCUGUACAACUUCCUACCGACUGGCAUGGUAAAGUUAGUAUAAUAUGGAAUGGGUGAGCUCGGAUCGGAGGAAGGAGAAGUCGAGGGAUGCGGCGCGAUCCCGGCGUGGGAAGGAGUCGGAGGUGUUCUACGAGCUGGCGCAGGAGCUGCCCCUGCCCCACAGCGUCAGCGCCGGCAUGGACAAGGCCUCCAUCAUGAGGCUCAUCAUCAGCUACCUGCGCAUGAGGAAAGUGCUCGGCACCGAUGAGCCAAUGAAAGACGAGGAAACGGAGCUUGAAUCGCAGCUAAAUGGCUCCUACCUCAAAGCUUUGGACGGCUUUCUUCUGGUCCUGUCGGAAGAUGGAGAUAUGAUCUAUCUCUCCGAGAAUGUCAACAAGUGCCUCGGGCUGGCACAGUUUGACUUGACUGGACUCAGUGUGUUUGACUUCAUACAUCCUUGCGACCAGGAGGAGCUGAGGGAGAUGCUCCUCCACAAAACAGGCUCCAAAAAGGCCAAGGAGCCAAACACAGAGCGCAGCUUCUUCCUCCGAAUGAAAUGCACUCUCACCAGCAGGGGCCGCACCGUCAAUGUCAAAUCAGCGACAUGGAAGGUGCUCCACUGCUCGGGUCAUGUCCGUGUGUACGAGUCCCACGCCGAGGAGCCUCCCAACGGGCACGAGGAGCCGCCUGUCCCCUACCUGGUUCUGAUCUGCGACCCCAUCCAACACCCCUCCAACAUUGAGGUCCCUCUUGACACCAAGACUUUUCUCAGCCGCCAUACGAUGGACAUGAAGUUCACGUAUUGUGAUGAAAGGAUCACAGAGCUCAUGGGUUAUGAUCCAGAGGACCUGUUGAAUCGCUCUGUGUACGAGUACUAUCACGCUCUGGACUCGGACCAUCUAACCAAGACUCACCACGACUUGUUUGCAAAAGGCCAAGUCAGCACAGGCCAGUACCGGAUGUUGGCCAAGAGAGGAGGCUUUGUGUGGGUGGAAACACAAGCCACUGUCAUCUACAACAACAAGAACUCUCAGCCACAGUGUGUUGUCUGUGUCAACUUCGUGCUCAGUGGCAUCCAGGAGGAGAAACUGAUAUUGUCCCUGGAGCAAAUCGAGGAUGUGAAGUCAGUGGAAGAAGAGGAGGAGCAGCAGCAGCAGCAGCAGCAGCAGGAGGAAGAAGAAGAGGAUGUGGUGGAGAGCAGCCAGCCCGACGUUGCUCAGGCCCUGCUGCAGGACGAGAAGAAGGGCCCAGAGCUGGAUGUGAUCAAACGGUUCACUCGGGCACUCGAGGCCAAACCUCUGGCUAGCCUGUAUGACCAGCUGAAGGCGGAGCCAGAGGCCCUCACACUGCUGGCUCCCGAUGCUGGAGACGCAAUCAUCUCCCUGGACUUCAGCUGCUCUGAUUCAGAGAUCCAGCUGCUGAAGGAGGUCCCUCUUUACAACGAUGUAAUGCUUCCCUCCACCAGCGACGAGCUGGCUCUGCCUCUUUCCCCCCUGCCGCUCAGCGAGCCUCUCUGUGUCACCACCACCAGCUCCGAGGACGUCAAAGCUGAGAGCUAUGCUCCCGCCCGGCUCACCUCUAUGACCGGCCACAACUCCUCAGAGGCCGACAGUCCUCUGGACUUUUGCUAUCCCAUGGACUCAGAGAUGAGCUCAGAUUUCAAACUAGACCUGGUGGAGAAGCUGUUUGCCAUAGACACCGAGCCCAAGACCCCCUUCACCACACAGGCAAUGGAAGACUUGGAUCUGGAGAUGUUGGCUCCCUACAUUCCCAUGGACGAUGACUUCCAGCUGCGCAGUCUGACCCCAGAAGAGUCUCUACCUUGUGGACCGGUCCAGUACCUCCCGAGUUCUCCAGUCCAUGUGCCACAGGACAUUCAAAGUUAUCCCAGCUCCCCAUUUAGUGCAGCAGGUAGCCGCACAACUUCCCCAGCACCACUUGCUGCCGCCAUCAGUGCUCAGAGGACCCCACAGCUGGACAAAGACGUCUCGCUCUGGACCCUGGCAGCUCAGAAUUCACAGCGCAAAAGAAAGCUGGGUGACAUAAGAGAGAUUAUUGGACAGAAAACGUUGCCCCAGGAACCAGCGGAGCAGGGCAAAAAGCUGAAGGCCUCGGGGUCAACCAGGACCAUAUUCCUGCUGCCUUCAGACUUGGCGAGUCGUCUGCUGGGAAGCACAUCAGAGGGCACCGGUUCCCUCUUCACCCUGCCACAGCUCACCCGCUACGACUGCGAGGUCAACGCCCCCUUGCAGGGCCGUCAGUCCCUGCUGCAGGGAGAGGAGCUGCUGUGCGCGCUGGACCACGCCAAUUCAAUCUAGCGAAAGUUCAAGGAAACUCUGCUCACUGCUGGACUAGACUGGACACUACAAUGUCUCCCUCAGAUUGUCACUCCCUUUCCAAGACGCCUAACCCCGCCCCUUAUUUAUGUCACUAAUUCAGUCUGGCUGCUGUUUGUGCACCUUGUGAUAUCUGCAGCAUUCCACCGUGGCAAACAUCAUAGCAGCAUCUGGAUUUUGGUGCAGGGGAUUCGGCCAUCAUGAGAUGUCCAAUUGUCUUUCGUAGUUUAGUUUCCUCUUUAUUCCGGGGAAUCUCUCAGCACACAACGCCUCGACAGAUGACCCUUUUCCGGCAGGUCGUCACAGAUCCUGGCUCUACUGCCAGCAGCGUAUUGUAAGCUUCAGUCGCACAAUUUAUAUUUUCUUAAAAAGAAAAAUAUUACCAGCAAUAUAUAUUAAGCCUUUUUCAAAGUCGUUUUAAUGUAAUUUUUCCUCCCAUACUUGUAUGUUGUAGUACUCGUACCCAACAAGAUGUCAUACGUCCAGGUUAAGUAUGAACGUAUUGUUUAGACCUUAGAUGGUUUGAAUGUUCUCUCCAUUUAGCUGUCUCUCUUUGACAAAUGCAUUUAAUUGUGUAGCAGUCCAGUCCAUGUCACUUUAUUACUUUACUGUAAGUGUGUGUUACUGUACGUGUACCAGGGAAAUGACUUAGUGUGGCUUCACAGCUUUGACUCUGACUAUGAAAUCUGAGAGUAACCGCUUCACUUUGUUUGCUUCUCAUCAUGGAGGUUUGGCAUUUUUCUACAACAUGACGUGAAUUCAUGUUUUUGGUUUUUACUGUGCGUGACACUCAAGUCUUUUAAAAUUAGUGGAAUUUUAUAUUUUGCUUGUGUCAUCCUGGUAGCACUUUUGAGUUGUCAAAACUUGUUUGAUGGUAGUCAGUUAAAUACCAUUGAUCCAUGCCAUAGUGUUGGUCUCUCAUGCUUCUUGUUGCCGUCCAACAUUAAAUGGCUUUAAUAAAGUG